AUGUCACUUGAAAGAAUUGUGCAUCUCAGAAAGUACAGCAUUAACCAGCUCUCGAGGCCAGCCUAUCCCAGAAAACCAAUCCUUAAGCCCCUCAAAGUUACCACAUCUGCUCAAGGUAGCAUACGAACUGCGAAAUAUAACACCAUAGCGAACACGUCGCUGAAUAUACUUCUAGCAUUCAAGGACUCUACACUCAGAAAAAGAGCUUCUACAGGGUCUCUUCACUCACGUAUGAAUCGAAGUGUAUUGGCCAAGAAUCCCAUAUCAGAAAAUUACUCAAAAAAUUCCCCGGCUGGCAUCAUAGCCGCUGUGAGCAAUGAGUACAAAUCCCCCAGCCUUGGGUGUUGCUGCCUAACAUCAUGCACUUGUCGAAUAAUUGAACGGUAUUUUCUCAACGAGUUCCACGGCUACCUCGAUGGAGCAGCGGACUGGAACAGUGAGCAAGUCGCAAACUCAAAAGCCGUUCGGUUUGACCACGUUGAUAUAUACUCCUUUUCAGAUGAUGAGGAUAGUGACGAUACCUUGUCAUUAUGCGAAGGCCUUAGUUGGAUUGAUGAUCUGGAAGUAGAAGUGGAGGAUCAUGGGAAAAGGACUCGGGGUUGA